AUGGGAGCUGCUACACUCUCUGAAAUCUCUCUCUUAUUUUCUGUCCUUCUGGAUUGGAGAAUUACAUCUCAGAAACCCAAUGACAUCAAACGACCUGGUAGUCGCUGGUUGAAUGAGUUUGAUGAUAAACUGCUUUUUACAUGUGCCUCAUCUAAUACAAUAGGGUCAGUUAGCAGUCAACAUCACAGUUACUAUGAAGAUCGCUUGUGGGAUUUCCAAUGUAAGGCAACAUUCAGUGAGCCACCAACUUGUUCAUGGACUAACUACGUGAACAGCUUUGAUGAAGAGUUUACCUUCUCCUGCCCAUUUGGCUCCAUUAUUAGUGGUGUCGAGGCUUAUCACAAGAACUAUUAUGAGGACAGGAGGUGGAAGUUCUAUUGCUGCCGUGUAAGCAAUGCCUGCAAUGAUCAGUGUUCCUGGACAGACUAUCUCAAUUAUUUUGAUGACUACUUUAGUUGGAAAGUUCCAGACUCGACCUACCUUGUGGGGGUUUCCAGCUAUCACGAUGACUACCGAGAGGAUCGUCGGUGGAAAUACAUGUAUUGCACCCAAACGACCUGUUAACUCAGUGGAGGACUGCAGGAAAACCAUUCACCCAUACCAAAACAUUCAUUAUACAAAAAUAUACUGCUAACCUCAAA